AUGGAGAAUUAUCAGAAGCUGGAGAAGGUCGGAGAGGGCACCUACGGUGUGGUCUACAAGGCGCGAGACCUUGCCAAUGGCGGACGCAUUGUUGCCCUAAAGAAGAUCCGACUCGAGGCCGAAGACGAGGGCGUGCCGAGCACGGCCAUCCGCGAAAUUUCCCUCCUCAAGGAGAUGCGAGACCCCCACAUCCUUCGACUACUCAACAUUGUCCACUCCGAUGGCCACAAGCUGUAUCUGGUCUUUGAGUUCCUCGAUCUAGAUCUCAAGAGAUAUAUGGAGGCUCUCCCUGUUAGCGAUGGUGGUCGAGGCAAGGCUCUCCCCGAGGGCUCAUCCCCUCGCCUGCAGCAACUUGGACUGGGCGAUGCUGUCAUCCGCAAGUUCAUGAUGCAUCUAUGCAAUGGCAUCAGGUACUGCCACUCUCACCGGGUCCUGCACCGAGAUCUCAAGCCCCAGAACCUGCUUAUCGACCGGGAUGGAAACUUGAAGCUUGCAGAUUUCGGUCUGGCGCGGGCGUUUGGUGUGCCGCUGCGAACCUACACGCACGAGGUUGUUACUCUCUGGUAUCGAGCUCCCGAGAUUCUUCUGGGUGGAAGGCAGUACUCUACUGGCGUGGACAUGUGGUCAAUUGGAUGCAUCUUUGCUGAGAUGUGUACUCGCAAGCCUCUUUUCCCAGGUGACUCGGAAAUUGACGAAAUCUUCCGCAUUUUCCGUGCUCUCGGAACCCCUACCGAAGACCUGUGGCCCGGCGUCACGUCCUACCCCGAUUUCAAGGCGUCUUUCCCCAAAUGGCUGAGAGACUACUCACAGGCGCUGUGCCCGAACCUCGAUGAUAAGGGCUUGGAUCUGCUUGAGAUGAUGCUUGUCUACGACCCUGCAGGACGGAUUUCUGCUAAGCAAGCUUGCAACCACCCCUACUUUGAGGACUACGUGUCUACUCCUGGGCCAACGACGACGGCGCCAGCAAACCCGACAGCAGCUCGCGGUGCCAGCUACUUCCACUAG